AUGAGCUGUCACGUAUGCUCCCGUGCUCCAACAUCACGACUUAAAUAUCUUUGCCCUUCCUGUGCCCGCAAUCAGCUCUAUCAGCUCCGAAUCGAAAAUGCCAGGAUUCUUCUAGAAAAUGAGUCCUUAGGACAACAGAUCAAUGAGACAGUGUCCUCUACAAGUAUUCUUGAAGCAUUAUCGGAACGGCCUGACUCUGGACAUCUCAGUCUCAAGAAUGAGGGCCACAUAGCUUGGCCCAUUCAAAUCAUCGCCAACGAGAAAACCAGAUCCUCCUUGAGGAUAAAGCUACUUAAAAGUCGAACAGAAAACUUACGGCUAGAGAUCAAGAACAAAAAGCGCAACAUAUCAGAACACAAGCUUACGCUAGCGCAACGUCGCUCGGAUGCUGGAUCUGCAAAGUAUCAACUUGCGGAACGUGAAGCAGCUAUCUUAUCUGGCAUUCAUAACAAUGCCAAAAGAACGGACCACCUGUGGCAUUCAUUGCACAGUAAGACGGCUGAGGCUCGGAUAUUUUUAUGCCGUGAAGCCGCCUACCUUUAUAAUCUACAGCAGAAAGUCAAAAAGAGAGAUGGUGAAGUUAAAGAGGCAUAUACAAUUGGUGGCAUACCUAUCAUAGAUCUUAGGGACAUGAAUGGAAAGUUACGAUCUCUAUUUCGUGCUACACCGUCGCAAAUUUCAACGUCAUUCUCCUAUAUUGCUCAACUCCUAGUACUUGUUUCACAUUACUUGUCCCUAAGGCUUCCUGCAGAAAUCACACUUCCUCACCGGAAUUACCCUGCGCCUACCAUAUACGCACCCUCUGGGUCUUAUCUCUUGCGUGAAAUGUUACCCGCAUCAAGUACGUUGCAGCCCUCGCCUUCUAGUUUAACACCAUCACGAACAGCGGAUCCGCGGUCUUGCUUUCCCCGACCCCGACCACUCUCCAUUGACAGAAGUCUCCCAAAACUAGCCAGGGAAGAUCCCGGUACAUACGCUCUCUUUAUAGAGGGGGCGACGCUAUUGGCUUGGAAUAUUUCCUGGCUUUGCCGGACUCAAGGACUCCAUAUAACGUCAGAUUCUUGGGAAGAGAUCUGUAGCAUUGGAAAGCAUAUGUGGCAGCUACUUGUUGCACCCCCGGCACAAACAUCAACACUCGUUAGAGCGUUCGCCGGUCGAGACGUACAAUCAAAGGUGAAGAUUACGAGAGACCCUCCCAAAACAAUCAUCCAGCGGACAAAGUCAUUCCCAAUGCUAGGUCAUUACUCCCAUGGUACUGUGCACUCUUUCCUCGCUGCUUCAGAGGGUACCGAGUACACGCGUACAUGGAGGCUUCCAACUCCGACGAAAGUUGCAGACAAAUUAAAGUCAAGCUUAUUAGGUGAAAUGGCCAGUGCGGAAUGGGAGGUUUUGGAGAAGAAGGAAUGGGAUAACAUACCUGAGGCGCCACUACAAUCUGUUCAUGAAUCCUCAGCCAAUCGGGAAGACGAGAAGGAUGAAUUAAAUAUAUCAAACAUUGAGCCAUCGGAAAACAAUUGUGCUGAGCCAGAGUCUCCAAAGGAGCCUGUAAAGUCUAAUCGGCUUAAAGGGACAAGCGGUUGGACUAAGCUGAGAAACAGGUAG